GCCGCAUUCAUUUAGUCAUGCCAUUUAAGCGUAGGUAAGUAUUUGUUCUAGUCGAAAAAGUGAAAGCAAUGCUCGAGUUAAAUCACGGUCGUUCGAAGAAGGGUAGAGGUCAUGUGAAGCCUGUCCGUUGCACUCACUGUGGCCGUUGUGUGGGAAAGGAUAAGGCCGUGAAGCGUUUCCAGGUGAGAAACAUUGUCGAUGCCUCGUCCCAGAGAGAUAUUCGUGAUGCUUCUGUCUAUGAACAGUACACUCUCCCCAAGCUGUACAUCAAGCAGCAGUACUGCGUGUCGUGCGCUGUCCACGGUCGUAUUGUCCGUGCCCGUAAGGUUGAGGACAGACGCAUCCGUGAGUACGUGCGUCCUCAGUUCAAGGGAGAUCGUUCUUAACGUCUUAAAGGAGCGAUUCGUCAAAGGAUGUUGGCAAUAU